AUGGGCAUAAUUCGUAAAUGCAACAAUUUCGGAAGACCAGAUUCUUCUCGGUCCAAAUGUUUGCCAUUUGUGAUUGAUGGUCAGCAAGUUGGCCUUAUUCGUCCUGAUAUUUGGCAGAAUUUAAAAUCCUACACUGAUAUUUUCCACUUGGAAAUGAGUUCUUCCCAAUCUGUGAUUCAUUUGAAAAAUCUUGGGGAUGUUUCUGAAAGGAGCAAGCAAUUUGCUGCUUUCAUGAUAAAACUGAGAGACAAGAAUAUAUUUACGACAUUAAGAGGAUGGAGAAAUGAGCAAUACAGUGUCAGGCCUACUUUCAAUGCCUCCAAAUUGAUGGAUCUUGAACGAUCAGCUGUAUGUCUUUUUGGGAUUAUUUCAUAUGGAACACACUUAAAUGGUUACACAUAUUCUGAAGAUGGAUCUCUUCAAAUGUGGCUUGGAAAACGAAGUUCCAAAAAGCAAUGCUGGCCUGGAAAGCUAGACAAUAUGGCAGCUGGUGGCUUAUCAUCAGGUCUUGGUAUCAUGGAGUGCAUGAAGAAAGAAUGUCAGGAAGAAGCAGUAGUUCCAGACAAUUUAUUGGAAAAAAUCAUUCCAACUGGAAAUAUCAGUUAUUUCUAUGAAGAUGAACGAGGUCUUUUUCCCGAAUGUCAGUUCGUCUUUGACCUUGAAUUACCUCCUGAUUUUGUGCCUCACAAUGCAGAUGGUGAAGUUGAAAAGUUUGAGUUAGUCUCCCUAGAAAAGCUGCAAUAUAUAAUUACCAGUGAUGAAAUGAAGCCCAACUGUGCACUUGUUGUCCUGGACUUUUUGAUACGCAAAGGGAUCAUAACUCCUGACUCAGAAUCUCAAUAUGCCGAAUUGGUGGAGUUCCUGCGACAACCACUGCAGCUGCUUUACUGUGCAGAUAAAAUUUUGGUUGACCACAGUAUCCCAAAAUGUCCCUAUGAGUUAUCCUCUCUGGUUGAUGAGGAACCAAGCUCCAAAUAA